AUGUCCUCCACGCAUUCCACUAGUGAUCCGCCUUCCAUUGAGUCAGGAACACAAUUGAUGACAUUGGAUUUACCAACCUCUUCAACAAUCAAAAAGUAUAAAAUGGAAAUACAAAUGGAUCAACCUUUAGACUCUGAAUCAUACUCAUCAAGUGGUAUUUCACAUUCAUAUAGACCUGGUGAUUCUGUAAACGGUGAAGUACUGGUUGUCCCACCAUUUGAUGCAACUCCAAAAGAUUCAAUCAAAUUCAAUGAAAUUUCAAUCUCUCUACAAUGCAAAAUAAUUAAUGAUGUCGGUGGUAAGACAAAGACAUUGUUCACUAUGAAUGAUGAUAUUCAUGAUAUUUCAGGACCUUUUGAAAAGAAAAUGAGAUUUCCAUUCCAUUUUGAACUACCCACAGAAUUGUUUGAUAAUACUUGUCCACACAAUAUUGACUUUCAUAAACAGUUACCACCUUCAUUUGCCUCCCCAAGAUUAUGCUCACUAGUGUUUUCAGGUACAGAUAAUUUUGGUGUUAAUCCCACAGAAUGCCCUCAAUAUCCUUCUUAUAAAGAUCUCCCUUUAAAUAAAUUCUGUGUUGUUUACUAUAUCACUGCUACAAUCAAUCAAAAGACACAUAGGAACACAGAUGUUCAUGUAAUAAUGAAGAGAAUGCUAAAUAUUUCAGUUCAAAAUUUCUUUACACCAGUUCCAACAAACCUCAAUGAAUCAUCAUUAGAUAUUGCAAAUUAUUAUUCAAUGACUGAUUUUGCACCUAAUAAUGAGCUACUCAAAGUUCAAAGAACCUCACUGAGAAAAAAUGGAGAAAUAAUUGGUACUCUGACAACCUUAAUGGAAUUACCAGCUCCAAUUAGCAUAUCAACUCAAAAUGAAACCUCAAAAGCACAAAUAAGUAUCAAAUUUGAAGCAAAAGAUCCUUCUAUUUUACCACAGUUCAAAUACCAUGCUGAGUUAACACAGUUCAUUAUUCAAUCAUCUGGUUGUGUCCAACCUACAGCAAGCCCAAUAUUCAAGGAUUUGUCUGUUGAAUCAAUAGGAGACCACAAAAAGGUCACCAUCAGAGGUAAGACUUUAAGAUUUGAAGUUACAGAAGCUGAAUGGAGACCUGGAUAUCACAGCGAUGGAUCACUGAUAAAAGAUAUAUACGUUGAGAUUCCUCAUUUAGCACAACAAAAAUUGGAACCGACGUUUCAUUCAUGUACUUUACAAAAUAUUUACAUAUUGGAUGUUGAUAUUAUACAUGAUCAAGUAAAUGGGGAUAAGAAUAAAAGCUAUUAUACUCAAAAGACAAGUCUUAAGGAUGCAAUUUUGGGUAAACUGGGGGUUGGUGUUUCAAAAAAUACUUGCGUUUUAAUUCAUAAAUAUAUCCAACAACAUGGUGGUCUUUCUAUCAAAAUUCCCAUAACAUUACUUUGUUAA